UUCUCCUCCUCCUCGAACGCCCACUGGAGCGUGAGGUUGUUCAGCGCCGCCUUCGUCGCAGCGUAGACCAGGAGAUUCUGGCCCUCAGCGCCGGUGGACGGGGCGGCGGCGUCGUGGCGGACCUGUGCGACUUCCGCGCGAGACAUGAUGGGCGGGCGGGCGGCGUGGAGGGCCUGUGAACCGAGCUCGGAGGAGAUAUUGAUGAUCUCGCCGCCCUUGUUCAGCAGCGAGUACUUAGAAGGCGUUCUUGAUGGCGAUGAUCGAUGCGAUAUUGACCGUCAGCGCAAAGAUGAUCGGGCUUCCUGCGCUGGCCGCGCUGGAUUCCGGAGUGAGUGGGUGAGAGGAGGAGCGUCAGACGGCUGGAAACGAACGCACUUGUUGAUGAGGAAGUCCAGACCCGGGACACCCAGCUCCUUCAGCUUCGCGGCGACGGCAUCCUUCGCCUCGGUGAUGGUUUUUUCGUUGGCGAGAUCGAUGUAGAUAGGGAAGACGGAGGACGUGGGGUGGAUGUCCGACGUCAACUGAGUGAUGGCCUCCGCGGCGGCGUUCAUCCGGCGGGCGCCCAUGAAAACAACCAUGUUGGGCGUCCGCGCGAGCUGGUGCACGGUGUGA